GGAGAGCGUGAAGGAUUGUGCCAGCUUGCAGAGGCAGUGUGAGUAGCUGCAGAAGGAGAGGGAAGAGCUGCAGAAGGAGAAUGAGGAGUGGGAGAAGGAGAAGAGGGAGAUGCAGAGGAGACUGGAUGAAGUUCUUCCUUCAGUGACCGAGCUCCAGAACGACAAUGAUGUCUUGAGCACGAAACUUGUCCUUGAAGAACGCAAGAGGAAGAUCUGUGAGGAGAAGCUCGAAGCUCAAGACAAAUAUAUUGACAACAUGAGGAAAGGAGCGACGGAGCUGAAGAAGAACGUGAAUCUGUUGGUUCACAACGAGAUGGAGGAGCACAUUGGCAACUUCCUCAACUCCAGCACCUUCGAGAACAUCCUCAAGCUGUACCGACUACCAACCGUAAUCGUGGCCUUCACUGACUAUAGAAAGAAGGUGAAGGCCCAGUACCCAAAGGUGGACGUGACAAUGGUCACCUUUGGGGAACAAGAAGAAAGAGUGGAGGAGGAUGCUGAGAGUCUUUCUGCUGACUUCCGACCUCUGAUCAAGUUGAGGUGGGAGCAUGACGCAGAGGGACGCACUAUCUUUCCUCCAACCUUUGAUGCUGAGCUGGUGGCAGUGGAGGAAGGAGAGGAAGAAGAAGAAGCGCAAGGCGCUGAAGUUGAGGAUCAGGCAGCUCUGGCCGGAGUGCAACCUCCCGAGGUGCAUCCAGUCUCUUCUAACGAAGUGCAGCAGCUGGCUCCUCCUGAAGCCGAAGUGCCACCCCUGCCUGCUGAAGAUGAGCCGCCUCAACCCCCUCUUCCUACUGAGGAACAGCCUCCUCCUCCAACAGAGUAGCUUAGGUUUUUAUAUUUGUAGUUAUAUCUGUAAAUAACAUUUUUGUAAUUGAGGUUUUAUUUAUAAAAUUUUUGAAGUUUA